UCAGUUCUCAUUGGCGAUGACGAUUCGUGCACUAUUGCAGCAGUUCGUAGAGAAGCUGGAGGACUGAUAGAGAAAUGGUCUGAUUUUAACCACGCGCAUAAAGCAUUCAAAAAUGCUUUGUACCGAAUGAAGCUGCAGCCUAAUUUGAUAAAAUAUUUUUCGAAUUGUUUUUCUUGUGCGGUUAAACAAAAUGAAAAAAAUCCCAGAGGUGUAGAGGCGGCACUGAAGAACGUAGUACCUCAUGCGUUUGGUAACCAUAGUAAUUGUGGUGAAUGGUGCGAUUACAAGCUCAUGGGAGAAGAUUAUGUACACAAGUAUCUUCCACGGGGGCAGCCUCUGUCCGACACAAACCUCAAAGAAUCCGUUUCGAAAUUAUUUGAUCGUUUUGCUGCCAAUGCCGAUAAGCUUGCACCUUGCGCAUCAAGUCAAGCAAAUGAAAGUUUUAACAGUCUUGUUGCUAACAAACACCCGAAAUCAAAAUUCUACGCGGGAUCAGAAUCUUUCGAUUAUAGGGUUGCAGCUGCAGUAGCUCAAAAAAAUAUUGGAACUAAAUAUGUCCUUGAAGUUAAUAAGUUAAUGGAUUUAUCACCGGGCAAAGAAACGCAUAAAUAUCGGGAAUCCAAAGAUAGAAAGAGGGAGACCCAAGCCAAAUACAGAAAAUCGGUGGAAUUCAAAAGGAAAAGGCUUUUCGCUACAAAAAAAAGAUCUGCAAAAACUAUGGCAAUAUCACAGCGAGAAGGAAUUACGUACCAAACGGAAAGUGGAUUCAGCAAUGUAUCAGACAUUUUACAUGAUUCGUACAUCAGCGAAAACGUUGAUUUCGAAAGGUGCUCUAUCGUUGUAUUUGAUUUGGAAACUACUGGAUUGCACAAAACAGCUGAAAUAUGCCAGAUUGCUGCAUGUACCAAGGAAGCUUCAUUCGAUUCAUAUAUCAUACCGUCAAAAGGUAUGUCACCUGGAUCCACUCAAGUUACUGGGUUGCGAGUUUUGAAUGGGGAAAUGUAUUUGGAAAAUACUAAAUUGGAUACUGUACCAGCAAAGACUGCGUUUACCAAUUUUUUAAAUUUUCUACAAUCUCAAGACCAACCGCUUAUUCUUGUAGCACACAACGCUUUUAGAUUCGAUGCACCGAGGAUUCUGCAGUUGGCGGCAGAUUUGGGCUUGAAGGACGAAUUUUGUUCAAGAGUAAAAGGAUUUGCUGAUACGUUACAUAUUUUUAAAGAAAAACUUCCAGAUCGGAAGCUUAGAAAACAGAAAUUUUCUCAGGAAGCACUUGCUACAGACUUCAUUCACCCCAGUCAAAUACAAGAAGCACACAAUGCGAUCAACGACGUGCAAAUACUCCAAACAUUAAUAGAUAAUAUUGGUGUUGAAAAAUCGCUAAUUGAUAAACACACGCGAAGUGUUCCUUGUAUUUUAAAAGCGGGCACAACUGCAAAAAUAACUGCAAGCAAUAAAGCUUCCUUGCACAAGUUUACCGAUAUUUCCGAACAUAUGAAAAUGAAAAUAUCAAAAGCCGGCAUCGACGAAGCUUUGCUCAAAAAAGCUUUUAAAACUGGAUGUGACGAAGGUGUACGAAUUUUAUUAGCAGAAGAUGUCGGAGGUAGACCAAGAGUGACAAAAAAUAAAAAGAUUAUAGAGAAAAUAAUUCAACAACUGAAAAUUACUUGAUUUCAUACAGUCCACGAUAUUUUACUCCACGAUCUAUUACGAAUUUUUUCUGGUCUCAUUACCUGUGAUGUAUAACAUAAUUUAUUAUUGUUGGAAA